AGGCAUCUAAUGUAAUGUAGGGAAUCUCUGUCGAUUCAUUUCCUGUAACCCUGCCGGGGGGUCAGUGAGACCGAUGAGUAAAGGAAAAUGGCGGAGUCAGGAAGUCUGAACAUUUGGUUUACAUAUUUGCUUCUAUGUUUUCAUAGCCGUGUAUUUGCAGCAAAAGACGAGCAUCAGGAUGUAAUCUCAAAAGCACAUCGUGGUUGCUACGGUGACGGUGAAACCUAUCCAAACUUUGCUACACAAAUCUCAGAUGGAAAUCUACAAAGCUCCAGCGUCGCAAACUGUAUAAUAGCCUGUCGACAGCGAUCGUUCCCGUACGCCGGCCUGAAGCGGGGCCAGGCGUGUUACUGCGCGCAAGUCUACGACACGGGGUUCGGCAAGUCGAGCGACUGCCGCUUCUUCUGCGGAGGCGAGUGCGGCGGCGCCAGCGACCGCCUCGUGUCCGUCUACGAGACGAGGAAGAUUGACGCGCCAUCGAAACCGGGCGAGGAAGCCCGUGUCGAGCGCCUGAGGCAGGGAUGCACGGAUGGCAAGUUUGCGCCGCCAGGCUGCCAGGAGCGGUGUCACUGCUACGGUGGCGCCCCCUGCGAUCCGGAGACGGGGUCCUGUGGCGACGUGGCGUGUUCGCGUUACUAUCACGGAGAAUAUUGCCAGAAAGAGCUUCCAUACUUGGUGGAUGCACCCUCAGUAACACAGAUGAAUCUAUCUGCCCUGGAAGUUCGGUGGCGCCCUUGGCGAGAGGGCCACGAUGGAGGUGCUUGGGAUAGCAUUCACACAGCUUCAUACAUACUCGAUGUUAGGGAAGUGACAUCGAACCUCGGAAAUUGGAACAGCAUCGAUAAAGUGGGAGCCAAUGCAACGCUCACGGUGAAUCGUGAGCAGCUGUUUGUGAGGAACGUAUUCUCGCCGUAUGAAGUCGGCCAGCACUUCCAGUUCAGGGUGAGGGUGAUGACGCAGAAGAAGGGCAAGCCAUCGGAACCCGCUGAGAUCACGAUCGAAUGUCCUCCUCCGAGUAAACCGUUGUCGAGACCGGACGUAGGAGCCGAGGCGAAGGGAGAGAACGUGACAAGGCUAAGCGUUUCCUGGCAGGGUCCGGUGGAGGGACCCGCGGAAUGUCGUCGCGUGGCGGAGUACCGGCUGUACGUCGCCGGCUCGCCGCGACGCUCGCUGCCCGCCGACACGCUAUCGGUGGAGUGGAUGCUGUCCGGCGCGACGGCCGGCAGCGUGGUGACGGCGAGCGUCGCGUACGUGAGCGCGGGCGACGGCGGCGGCGGCGGGGAGGAGAGUCCACGCAGCGAGCGUGCCAGCGUCACGCUGCCCACGUGGUCGCCGCCAGUGGGACACGUCGUGCAGCAGCUUCGUGUGACGUCCGUCAAUGCCACGGCUCUCGGCGUCGCGUGGGAGCGACCGGCCGAGCUAGGGGGCGCUGGCGUUGGCGGGGAGGAUGAGGAGGAGGAGUACGAGGUCACCUACCGCCGCGUGACCUACCUCGCCGUCGGAUGCCAGGACGGUGGCGCCCCCGCCAACCAGACGUUCAUGACCCGCGAUGCGACGGCCAUUCUCAACAACCUAGAAGCGUAUUCGAAGUACAUGAUCGCGGUGCGGCUGGUAGAUCAGCCCAGCUCGAGCGUCAUCUACAACAGCACCGGCGACAGCAAAGCGGCGCCACCUAGGAACAUCGAGCUGAGGAACAGCACCAACUCGGCGCUGCACUUUGUGUGGGAGGCGCCCCCUUGUGAGGAGCGCCGCGGAAAGUUCCGCGAUUACGAGUUCGUGCUGAGACCGGCCGAUAGCAGUAACGAGGUGGCCGCGAUGGGCACAGUCAACAUGCACGGCAAGAUCUUCAAAAGCCUGAGUGAGGACACGGACUACGAGUUCAGAGUCAACUACCGACUCGAGAAAGCCGACGGAAGCUUCGAGGCCAGCAAUUGGUCGGAAUUGUUUCUGGCGAGUACGAAACGGCAAGGGCUGAGCGCGCCGCAGGAACUCAAGGUGAUGGCAGAGAUGUCUGAGUCUAUUGCUCUGAGCUGGACACCGCCGCCAGGAAACGUCGAGUCAUAUUCGAUCAGGUUUUCGAGCCCGCGCGUGACGGAGGGUUACCGGACGAGCAUUCCGCACUCCGUCUACGCGAAGUCGUCGCUCUACUUUGUGCAGGACCUCGAGCCGAACACAGACUAUCAGUUCCAGGUGCGAGCUCACUACAGCACAGCAGAGAGUCCAUGGAGCGAGUCGGUCGAGGCCCGAACCAAGCAGGAGAAGCCCGGGCCGCCGCAGGACCUCAAUAUUCCAGACAAGGGCGAGACGUGGGCGCUCGUCAGCUGGAUUCCUCCGUUCAGCCCCGGCGGCACCCUGCGCGACUACCUGUUGAAGGUGGAGGCUCAGCAGUCGUACAACCCGGCAGUGACGCUGACCGGGCCGGCCCGUCUCAUGAGCAUCGACACGGCGAUCAGGAUGUUCACGAUCACUGACCUGCAGCCCGGCACCAUGUACAAGGUGACGGUGGCCGCGCGCUCGACGGCCGGCCGCGGCGCAGAGAGCGACAUCGUCUUCUGGACCGACAUAAUGGAGCCACUCAAGCCGCUGCCUCCUGUCGUGCAGGCCAACGAUGCGAAGGCUGGCACCAUCACCGUGCUGCUCAGCCCCACACAGUUCAACGGACCCGACAAUGGCUACUACGUGGUGGUGUCGCGUGCGACCGCACCGCCGAUCAUGCGCGCAUCACAGCUGCAGGACUUUGCGACGGCACGGAAGCAGGAGCUGCGUUACUACGUCGCCGCACAGCUGAGCGAGGACGAGCUUCGCGCCCCGACGUCGUUUGUCGUCGGCGACGCCGCCGUCCGCGGGGGCUACUACAACGCGCGGCUCGAUGCUGGAGCGGAGUGUGUGGUCUACCUGGUAGCCUACAGCAACUGGGAAGGGGAGACGAAGAUCCAGGUCGCCGGCACGGCUAAGACCGUCAUGGCGGGUCGCUACGAGGCAUCGCCGUCUUCAUCGACGUCGAACACGCCGGCGGUCGUUGCGGCGAUCGUCGUCGUCGCGUUUCUCAUCAUCAUCGCGAUCAUCGUCGUCGCCUUCUUCGUGUUCCGACGGAAGGCGAGAGAAGCGAAGAAGCAGUACAAGGCGGCGCACAUGAACGGCACGUACAGCAGCCCGCAGUCGACGAACGAGACGAAGGUGCUGAUGGUCGACGACUCGCUGAACAACGCGCGGCCCAGCGAGGAGAUCGCGAUGAGUGACAUCUACGAGAACGUGCAGGAGAACAUGGUGACGCGGCCGAUCGCCGUCGGAGCGCUGCUCGGAUACGUUCACGAGAAGAAGGCGACUAACGGUCUAGAGGAGGAGUACAAGAUGUUGCCGACGGGGAUGAUCGCGGCGUACGAUGUCGCGAGGCAGCCCACAAACAAGAGCAGGAAUCGGUUCGGCAACGUCUUCCCGUAUGACCAGACGCGAGUGAUAUUAAAGCCGGUGGUUGAGAUGGACUACACUCCGCCGUCCGAUUACAUAAACGCCUCCUACAUUGAUGGUUAUGAAAGACCGAAAAUGUAUAUAGCAACACAAGGACCAAAGGAUACGACGCUAGAAGACUUUUGGAUCAUGAUGUGGCAGGAACCAACGACGAAGGUCAUCAUGGUCACCAACUGUGUUGAAGAGGGAAGGAUAAAGUGCGAGAAGUACUGUCCAGACUUGGGCGUAGAGGAGUACGGCAAGAUGCAGGUGAAGCAUCUCGGUACAGAGACGCUAGCCGACUACACGAUACGCACGCUAGAACUGAAACCGAUUGAGAGCGAGACGGCGAAGACGAUCAAGCAGUAUCACUUCACGUCGUGGCCGGACCACGGGGUGCCGCAGUACCCGACCGCACUGCUCUCAUUCCGCCGCAAAGUCCGCUCGGACGUCGACUGCAACAACGAAAUCACCGUCGUCCACUGCAGUGCUGGCGUAGGCAGAACGGGGACGUACAUUGCUCUGGACUCACUGUUGGAGCAAGCGAAAGCAGAAGACCAGAUAGAUCUGUUGGGAUUUGUGUGGAACAUGCGACAGAAGCGAACGACCAUGAUACAAACACUGGAGCAGUACGUGUUUCUCUACGACGCGCUUGUAGAGGCGUUGCAGUGCGGUGACACCGUCAUCCCGACAUCCGAGUUUCACCGCCGCUACCACCAGAUGUGUCAGCCAGCGCCGGAGGCCGCAGGAAGGUCGGAGAUCGAAAAACAGUUUGAGAUGUUACAGAUGGUCAGCCCGGUGCUACAGGAAGACAUGUGUAAGGAAGCGCAUGAUCCCAAAAACGUGGACAAGAACAGAUGUUUAACCAUUGUCCCUGCGGAUAUCAGUAUUCCUUUUUUGAUAACAUUUGACGAUACUAAGGGCACAAGUUACAUAAAUGCUACAUUUGUUGACGGCUACAAGCAGCGUAAUGGCUUCAUUGUGACGCAGACGCCGCUCGCUCACACUGUCAACGACUUCUGGAGUCUCAUGCGCGACCACGGCUCAUUGACCAUUAUUAACCUGGACACGAUGGAGGACGAGACAUGCUGUCAGUACUGGCCUAACGAGGAAGGAGUGGAGCAGGAGUAUGGACACUUCAGCGUGCGGCUGGUCGUGCAGACGGGCUACGGAAACUACAUCACAGCGCGACAGCUGCAACUCACACAGAAGGAUUCCCGGCUGCCGCCGCGACUGAUAACGCAGUUUGACUUUCGCGCGUGGCCGAGCGACCGCGAGGUGCCGGCGAACCCACAGAACUUCCUCUCGCUGCUCGAGCACGUCGAGAAGUGGCAGCAGAAGUCCGGCAACAAGCCGAUCACAGUGCACUGCAGCGAUGGUGCGGAGAGGAGUGGUGUGUACUGCGCCGUGGCCAGCGUCAUUGAUAAGAUGAAGGUCGAACAGAGCGUGGAUGUGUUCUACAUAGUCAAGCAGCAGCGCAUACGCCGGCCCCAGUUCAUCACGAACCUGGAGCAGUACAAGUUCUGCCAUGACUGUGCUUUGGAGUAUCUGGAGUCAUUUGAGAUGUACUCAAACUUCAAGUGAACCCUGGACCAGGUAGUGAAAAAAAAACGCGCUGUCAGUCGAAGCGAUUGCAUUUUAAUCAACCGAUUUUCAGCGGGUGCUCUUCUGUUUUAGUUCAAUCUCACCGUGAAUGUUAUGUGUGUACGUGCGUGCGGCGUGUCUGUGCGCGCGCGUGCAUGUUUUCGUGUUCGUAUUCUGUAACAGAAGUAUUCUGGUUUCUACAGUUUUCUAUCGUUAGGGAGUACUUCGUUUCGUGUGCGGCAUUCGACGCACGCUUGUGCGUUCACGUCGUUAAGCUUCACUGCUGCUAAUUAGAAGCCAAAAUAGCUCUUGUGACCUAACACCACGUCAGUAUUAUCUGGGUAUGGGAAUAGUGUCCUGUAAUACAUUUGUUAAUAACUGUUCUCCGGGGAUGCCGCCGCACCGUCCCGCGCCGGAGUUUUCCUAUAGAUAUCACCCAGCCCCACGUGUGCAGACGGUGACAUUUUACAUGUCUCUGCUGCGUCCGUUGCUUAUAAAUGUCGUCAACGCGUUGUAUUCGACGAGUAAGAGCUUCUAAGUGGUGCUGUCGUAAAUCAGGUUCCCCUGUGAGGUCUCGACUCUUUGACGAGGGAACCGCGGAUGGUGUUCGUUGCCGUUUCCGCAGCCGACGCGCCAUGUCUUAAUAUACGCAAUGUCUCCUAGUUGUGCGGAUUCAUCGCCUAGGUCGUUUUUAUAUUUCUAAUCGUUAUCACACCUAUAUUUAUGUUCGAGAUGAGCUUGUGUAACCUGUAUAAAUAAGCGAAGGAGUUAUGUACUUAACGGCUACUGGCUUGCUUGGCAUUACUUGCCUUUGUUUCUGGCCUGUGGCACAGAAAUGGUAAGCAAAAGCCUCGCAGUGGUUGUGUAUUUUUUCUGUAUUUAAUAUUUGCUAGUUUUUUUUACAUAUUGUCAGCCUGUUUAACAGGUGCCGAUAGCAUGUUCCUAGCUGACCGUAGUGGAACUGCUUGUAUCAUUUAUUCACUUAUAAAUAAUCAGUACUUAGGUAUGAAGUAAUAUUAUAAGAUUUUGUUAUUUGAAAGUGUAUUCUUCCAACAGAGCCUACAGUGGAGAAUUUAUUUUCGUUGCAUGAAAAGAGAAGAAUGUUGAAUGAAUCGGCCCCUUCCAUUCUCCGGUUUUCAUAAUUAUUUCCAAGUUGCGAUUUUGUACUAUUUAUUAUCAUGCUUCCGAAAAUACAAAGACGAGUUAAAAUUUGUUGACAUUGUAAUGUAAAUAUGGGCAUGGCACAUCGAUUUGGCAUCAGAUGAGCAUUUCUCUGCGUAGUUUAGUAGCGUGUGUUGUACAGAGUUACAGAGACCAAUUUGACAAUUGACAUGCAUGGGCAAGUUUGUAAAAAAGCAUAUGUAGAUACAAUACAGAGUUCGAAUAAGAUCACUCAGUUUGGGCAGGGGAUACAAUAGGUGCUCUGGUUAAACUUAGGAAGCAUUAGUGUCAGUGCCGCUUUAUUUUUCAAUUGUCAAUUUGUAAUUCUCAAGUUAAUACAAAAUCGUGAAACCGUUAAAUUGAUUUUGGGGUGUCGAAAUGUUUAGAGUUUCGCUAAGUAUUUUCCGUCGUAGAUAUGUUAGUAGUUUCUAUCUCCGUCCACGUUCUGGGCCACAUUAGGCACGCAGUAUAUCCGCGUUAUUCUACCAGCAUUACUUUGAUAUCGGUCGUCAGUUGAGAAAGGCACAGGUUAUUUCCUAAGAUUUUAUCACACGAAAGUAUUUCAGUUUGUUGUAAAGCCGUAGGUUCUUUAGCUCCUGAUCGUAACUAACGUGAACGGGGACUGUCGGAUUUUUGUCACGACAACACUCUAGAUGUCUGAGACUGGCAGUCUCUUUCUCUCGAUGCACCUUACUAGAGGAUGCUGCAGCAGGUGCUUUCGUUGACUGUCAUUAAUUUAGGUUUCUUACAGUUUUCGCAGUUAGGCCUAUGUGAUAUAGUGGGGAGCGUACUUUCUUUAUGUGGUGAUGACUUAGUGUCUGUUGUCGUAACGAAUGCCCGAUGUUAAACGACGUUUGCCGCUUUAACAACUGCUUAGUUGUGGCACGUAUAAUUUUAGCGUAACUAUUUUAAAGCGUAUUUAUUUUGAAUAGUCAAGCAUAGCAUUGUCAAAUACGUUAAGCUACCCCUAAAUCAUGUGCGAACUAAUUCUAAGCAGGUGACUGUUAAUCAUGCCAUGGCAGGUUAGGUUUUGAGAUGGGAUUUUUGCCUACUUGAUGAAUAAUGAGCCAGCGAAUCUAUUUUUCAGACGUGAUAAUCAAAGGUGAUGCCUAGACAAUUUUACUAGUGGCAGAAUGUCCCAAGGUCUUAUCAUUUAAGUCAUAAGAGUAUAACAACUAUCAAUUUAACUUUACAGCCUCGGUUCUCAUCGUUUUCUUUCCUGCGAUUAACCUUGGUGGUGGGUUUGGUUCGAUGGCAUACUCUUCGUGCAGCCACAGUUAGCAUAUAACGAAAAUUUGAAGUCAUUGGGGACCCUUGCCGAGCCAGUAGAUUACUAACAGCCGGGUUUCUAGUUUUGCUGAAAUCGAUCAAUUAUGUUAUAGACUUACAGUCUUACUUGGUUGUGUUAAUAAUAUAUUACGCAAAUUGUGUCAAUUAUCUACUUAAUCCACCCAGUUACUCAUACAUGUCGUUAUACGCCAUGUUGGUUUUGAAUUUGCUUAUAUGUGAUGAGCAUGCUGGGGUUUCAGUUAUUGUAUUAUGUGUGUUGUAGUUCAAUCACAGCCAUACUGUGUACAUUAGCUUACUGCUAGUGUUUCCUAGAAUAAAAUCAAAAUUGUUGUGUACAGCUAUGUUUGUGCAGAUAUAUUGUUUUAGAAAUUGUGCUUGUUUUUUGGUUGUGAAUUACUGUAUAAAGUAGGAUAUUAUUGGAAUAUACACGUUUAUAAUCAUCUUAAUAUACCAUGUUUGAGUUUUUGAUGAUUGACAUUUUCAUUGUUUAGUGCUUAUUGUCUAGUACAAGUAAUAAUUUACUAUUGUAUGGCAAGAAUUAAAAUAUGACACUUCAUCAUGCUUGUUUAGAAAUAUGGGCGAAAUCUCAUGUCACUCUUACAAUACUCUCACUCUUACUCUCUCUCUCUCUUUAUAUAUGUAUUCCAUUUUCCCAUUAAGUUAUAUAAGUCUAAAUUGUGUCGAGUGUCGUGUGUCGGAUUUGGCCCAUUAUUUUGUAUUUUCUAAACGCUAGAUAAAAUGCUUUUGAAAUGCAUUUCUAAAAUCGUGCUUACAAUACGAUUUGAUGUUCAGAAAGUAUUUUACGUCGCACAGCUUUGAGGGUAGUCGACAAGUGUAAAUUGGUCGAUGUUUGAGCAUGAACUACCAUGACGAUGGUAUUAGGUAGGGACCUCACAGUAUGUUAAUGAAGUGUUAUUGUGUGUAUCGUUUCUCUAGCUCUCACGAGUGAAAUAUUGUUGCAAAAUGGACUAUAUUGUGUACAUUCUGCUAUAAAUAAAAGUUCACUCAUUAGACUACGAAUGGUGCGUUUCCUACCCUCUGCUCACACGUGAUGUUUGAACUGAGCUUCUCACAUUUUAAACCUAGUAAUAACAUUUUAACAUUGUGAAUAGUUCAACAUGGUUAAAAGACAUAAUAUGGAGCAUCAAAUAUAUAUGUAUAUAUAUUA